UAGAAAGUCAGGACAUAAUCGCGGAUAAGCGCUGAUGCCUCAUGUAAACUCCCAUUAGAUUCUAGUGGACGCCUUACGCCAUAGUUUAGGUAGAAGCUAAUCUUAUCUGAGUGUGCGGCUUGUUAAUUUUACAUAUUUUGCAAAUUUUGCAAAGAAAAAAUUAAAAAAGUUAGAAAGUAAAGCACAAUUAAUAAUUAAAUAAAUUAAAUGCUAUAUAAACUAUAUUGCAUUCUUGGGAUACACGACGAGAAGAUAUUGAUAUUGAGGACAAGUUUUUGUCAUCUGAUGAAAAAGGCGCCUGUAGUCGAAAAUUCUCGGUAAACAUAAGGGGCAAACAAACAACAUUUGCAGGAACCAAUUCUAGAGUUCCACAUAAUGGAAGGCAAAUGUAAUAAAGCCCCAAAUAAUACUAAUAAUAAAUACCUGGAUCACGUUUAUUGUCACCCCACGCAAGCUAAAUCAGUGUACAAUAAUAAUAUGACUAGCGGCAAUGGCGGUGGUGGGAUUACGCCCAAUACCAAUUCUGAUGUUUUGGCGCUGUUGAAGGAAAACAAACAAUUAAAAGGAAUGCUAAUAUUGCACUUGGAUUUGAUACAGGAGCAAAGCGACCAACUAAUGGCAUUGCGAGCGCGAAAUGCGGCUUUAGAGAACAGCGUCCAAGAACUGCAAAGGCAGUUACAAAAACAAAUAAAGAGAUCUGGUGAAAUUUCAACCCUCCCCCCACCUCCUCUGGCUAAAAUACAAUGCAAGACAAGCAGCGUAACGACGAACAUUGCUGCUGUUUCCACUCCAUCUACAGCUGAAAAUAAAACGUCACCUGGUUCCCAAGGGGUUUCUAACAUAAUAGGAGUGUGCAAUGGGAAAUUCAUAAAUAAAAUUGUUCUUCAAAGAGUAUCUUCAGCGCGGGGAAAGCAAAGAUCCGAAAAUCAAACAUCAUUUCGGAAAUGUGCAAAAACCGUAAAUUUGGAUAUACUUGAUGCAGAAGAAAUAAUUGAAGAUGACCACGAAGAUGAAAAUGACGAUGGCAACGAAGAAGAAAUAACCGAGGAAGCGCAAGAAGAUGUGGAGACCGAAAAUGAUGACGAUCAGGACGAAGUUGGAGAAGCUGUCGACACCGCGGAUAAAUCCAAUGACUUGCAGGCUCACAUAAUAGACGACUUUUAUGAUACUGGCAACAGUACUGAGGACAGCAAUGAAGUCUUGGCAGUACAAAGCAAACGUUUGCGAUUAAAGCAGGCAGCUAAACAAUCUCUUGUGGUACCACGAGGAGCUAAACCCAGUGUAUCUCCCGCCUCAACAACCACUAAUGAUGGACAAACAGCAUUUAAAGCUGUCUCAGCUGCAAAUACAGCAGUAAGUCGUGGCAAACAGAUGACCAUAAUGCGAUGGCAUGCUCCCGAUUAUCAUACCGAUGAGUCCGUGAGCUGUGAUUCUACUGCGGAAACCGAGAAACGUUCCACAUCUGUUACGUCGUUUUCUCCACCCAAGCCUUCAACUAACGCAAAUGACGAAACCAAACGCUAUCGCCACACAAUUGAAAGCCACCACUCACACCCACGCCCUAAGGUUCGAAAAUGUACUUACAUUUCGACACCGCAACUAUACAGCACACGAGAAUGGAAGGACGAACCUUUCAGUAGUGACUACGAUUACGAAGCUCUCAAAUCAGAAAUUAAGCUCGCAAAAAUGGAAAAGCUGGAAAUACCAAAAUGGACGGAACACGAGUUAACUCCUUCAUAUUGCAUUGAAGGUACGGAAGAUCUAUCAGAUGAUAUAUUUUUUAAACGGCAUGCUAAACUGGAAGUGGAUGAAAAAAGACGCAAGAAAUGGGACGUGCAGCAAAUUCGAGAGCAACGUCGCAUAGAACGUUUAAAGAGGCGACAUUGCAAAGAUGAAAUUCAGCACCCACAUGAGUCAACAUCGUUGCACAGUUUUUAUCCAACCACAGAGAACAUUCAAACGAUUUGUUAUGUACAAGAUUUACCUGUGCAAGCCUUUGGGGAGAUGAUUCCAAGAAUAGCAUCUUCAUUUGGGGAUCGUAAAGAUUUCCUACUACCUUGGCUGGAUAAGGCGCAAUUACAAUAUAAUAAUGAUAACAACAAAAAGCCCACUGUGACCACUCUAAAUUCUUCUGGCGAAGUAACAACAUCCUCACAGUCACAAAACCAAAUGUUAAAUUCCUCAUUUGUGAUGCUUAAAAAACGCAAAAGACAACAAAGUUCAACUUUCGGUACUUCGCACCCCACGUCGAGGCAACGCAGUUUAGCCACGAAAUCUACCCCAGUGACACUCUCAAUACCCGCAAGUAACCCCGUAGUUGCUACGUCCACAUCAUGUGCAGCUACUGCAAGCAUUAAUUGCAGUACAAAUGUAAAAACUUAAGUUGAUGUAUAUUAUGCAUAUUUACUUCAUAGAAAAGUAAAGACGUGUUAUUUAUAAAAUAUAAUUUCAACAGCAUUUGACCUCUCUGUAAGACUACAACACAAAGCGCAUUAUGUUUGGAACCGAAGAUUUAUGUGAUAAAAUGUUCUUAAAAUCACUGGAAGGAUAAUUUAGUAUAUAUGAAAAUAUCUUUUGUUAAUUUUAUUUGACAUUGCACUUGUAGCUUGUAUAUAUGUAUGUAUCUGAUUUAAAAAAUCCCUAUCACAUUUGCAUGUAAGAUUAAUAGAAAUU